AUGGCCUCUUCCUCUCGCACCUACCACCAAACUCUCAAAAUCUGCAAUAACACCAAAGAACACAAUUUUGUUGAAGAAGAGAAAUUAGAUCAAGAAGAAGAAGAAGAGGGGUGGUUGAAGCUAGGGUUGGGGUUAGGGAGUAGCACAUCAUGCAAAAAUAUAGUAGAUCAUGAAUCCAACCUAGAAUUUUCACCUUCUUCACGUACGUUGAUCAGCACCUCUCAAAGAGGGUUAGGGUUAGGAUUUGAAGGAAGUUUGAGUUUUGAACCAAAAGGUAAGGAACAUGGUGAUGAUCAUGGAAAUAGCUUGUUGGGGUGGCCAUCAUCAGAUCAUUGCAACAAUGACCAUUAUUACCUCCACAAUGAUGGUAAUGGCAUGGUGUUGUGGCCAUCAUCAUGCCAAAGUGAUCCUCAAGCGGUUCCUUGUGAUUCUCAUCAUUACUCUUCCAGAAAUCCCCACCAAUCUGGUUUGUGGUUUACGCUACUCUCCUCUACCAACAGGAGUGGGGAAGCUUUGCCUCAAAUACCAAAGGCGUACAUUAGAGUAACGGAUGAAAGCAUGACGGUGUUCAUGGUUAAAAAGUAUCUGGUUAGAAAACUUGGUCUCUCCGACGAAGCUGAGAUUGAUAUCUCAUGCAUGGGACAAAGCUUGUCGCACAUACUUACUCUGAAGCAAGUGAGAGAUACUAUUUGGCUACCUAGAUUGGUAGAAUCUGUAAAUUCUUCAAUGCCUUUAUCAAUCGGAGAUUCCCAUGACAUGUCUAUAAACCAUUUAAUGUCAUUGUUGUACCGAAAACAUUGCAUCUUCAAUUGAGAUGAUGAUAUUGAGUAGGCCUUAUUAAUCUUUUUCGAUAUUUAUCUGAUUCCUUCUUUUCUUGUUUAAAAUAAACUCUAUUCUGAGUAUUUUCACUAUUAGGCCUUAUGAUGAGUAAGAAAUAGGCCAUAUAAAUAUACUAUUUUACCGUUAAGGAGAAAUCCAUUG